UUCUUAGUAACGGCUAGUUGGGCCUUUCAUGGUAAGAGGAGCCUAACCAUGAGCUUCUCCCCCACAAGUGACCGUUGCACCAUUCUUACUCAAACCAAAAACCAUAUUCACGCCAUUACUAUUUUCACCAUUCUCGUAGAAAAGCCCUCUCUCUACUCCACCGGAGAGGCCUUUUCCACGAACCCUUCAUCGCAAACACCUCAAAUCUCAACAUCCCACGAGCUCAAAACAAUCAAGAUUACGGGCAAACAAUGGAUACCAAUCAGAGAAGGAAGAGUGGCAUUAAUCUGCCAGCAUCCAUGUCCGAGACCUCUUUGCGCCUCGAGACCUUCGCUUCCUCUAUCAAGCUAUCUUCUCCGCUUAAAUCAAUGUCUCCCAGGACUAUCUCCAACUUGUCGGCAUCCUCUUCGCCGUCCAAAUCUGUUUCUAGUUGCAGCGACAGGUUUAUUCCGUGCAGAUCUUCGUCGAGGCUGCACACGUUUGGCUUGAUCGAGAAGGCGUCUCCGGUGAAGGAGGGAGGAGGAGGAGGAGGAGGAAGCGAGGCCUAUUCCAGGUUGUUGAAAACUGAGCUUUUCGGUACUGAUUUUGGGUGUUGUGAUUUUAAUGCAGGUGGCUUGAAAGGGGGGUCGCCGAUGAGCCCGAGCAAGAAUAUGCUGAGAUUCAAGACUGAGCAGCAUUGUUCAGGGCCCAAUUCACCGUAUUCGCCUUCGAUUUUGAGGCAGGACAGUGCACUGUCUGGUGAGGUGUCGACACCACCGAAGCCGCCGAGGAAAGUGCCUAAGACACCUCAUAAGGUUCUGGAUGCACCAGCGCUUCAAGAUGACUUCUACCUCAACCUGGUUGACUGGUCUUCUCAGAAUGUCCUCGCUGUUGGAUUGGGAACUUGCGUAUAUCUAUGGAGUGCUUCAAAUAGUAAAGUAACAAAAUUAUGUGACUUGGGACCUAAUGACGGUGUCUGCUCAGUCCAAUGGACACGAGAGGGGUCAUAUAUAUCAGUCGGCACGAAUCUUGGUCAAGUUCAGGUUUGGGACGGAACUCAGUGCAAGCGUGUUAGAACAAUGGGAGGACAUCAAACCAGAGCUGGAGUACUGGCAUGGAGUUCACGCAUAUUAUCCUCUGGAAGCAGAGACAGAAACAUACUUCAGCAUGACCUUCGUGUCCCAAGUGAUUAUAUUAGCAAGCUUGUCGGACACAAAUCAGAGGUGUGUGGACUGAAAUGGUCUCAUGAUGACCGAGAACUUGCAUCCGGUGGCAACGACAAUCAGCUGUUGGUGUGGAAUCAACAUUCCCAGCAGCCUAUUUUGAAACUGACAGAGCAUACAGCUGCUGUAAAAGCCAUUGCUUGGUCACCUCACCAGAAUGGUCUUCUGGCAUCAGGAGGAGGAACUGCAGAUCGUUGCAUUCGAUUUUGGAAUACUGGUAGUGGCAAUCAACUGAAUAGCGUGGAUACUGGAAGCCAGGUAUGCAAUCUAGCCUGGAGUAAAAAUGUGAAUGAAAUAGUCAGCACGCAUGGAUAUUCUCAAAAUCAAAUAAUGGUGUGGAAGUAUCCAUCUAUGUCAAAGGUCGCAACUCUAACUGGACAUAGUUUGCGAGUACUCUACCUGGCAAUGUCUCCUGAUGGUCAGACUAUAGUUACUGGAGCAGGGGACGAGACACUACGAUUCUGGAAUGUUUUUCCAUCCAUGAAAACACCCGCACCGGUGAAGGACACUGGCCUUUGGUCUUUAGGCAGAACUCAAAUCCGAUGACAGAUGCUAGUAAAUCAUACUGUAAAUUCCAGAUAAUACAACCCCAAAUGGCAACGACGAGAAGAGAAUUAAAUAUCUUUUUAUGUUCUUUUCCAUUUUUUCUCGGGAAUUGUAAAGUGAAUUUUUCUUCCUUUUCCUUCCCCCAACUUGUGCAGGAAUUCUGCGAUAUUAAUACACAAUGAAGACCACAACAACACAGGAAA